UAGUCAAUGAGUGUAUAUGUAUUGAGUUGUGUUGAGUUGUGUCGCCUUUCGGAGCGUUCACUCACUUGUCGUAUAAAACCAAUUGAGUCAACACUUAAUGGCGUAAAUGUUUUGGCAUUGAAUCGCAUCUCAACUUAAGGUUAACUUAAGAGAUGUCACAUCAUAGCGACGAUGCAAUGCUUAUCGCCGGUUCCGAUAGUUUUUGGGAACCGGGAAACUACAAGAAGACAACUAAACGAGCCGAAGACGGAUCUAAACUUUGCAAUGAUUUGAUUUUAUUGAUAAAAGAGAGGUCAGAAAUUGAACAGAACUACGCCAAGAGUCUGAAACAAUGGUCAAAAAAGUGGAGUGAUCUGAUAGAGAAAGGACCUGAAUAUGGCACCACUGAAGCCGCCUGGAAGGCAGUCCUCGUUGAAGCUGACCGUCGAUGUGAUGUCCAUAUGAAGAUCAAGGAGAGUAUGAUGCAGACAGUUGUCUCUCAGAUAAAACAGUGGCAAAAGGAUAACUUCCAUAAAUCAAUGAUUACAAUGAAAGAAAAGAAAGAGUUUGACGACGCCUUCAAAAAAGCACAGAAACCGUGGUCUAAAAUAUUAGCUAAAGUAAACAAAUGUAAAAUUGAUUACCACAACGCCUGUAAAAAUGAAAGGACUGCCAUUAAUCAGGAAAGAAAUGCUUCUGGAGAUACAUCACUAUCACCCGAUCAGGUUAAGAAACUUCAAGAUAGAGUCAUGAAAUCUAAAGAGGAGGUCAUUAAAACUAAAGAGAAGUAUGAGUCGGCUCUUAAAGAAAUCAAUGACUAUAACGCCAAAUACAUGGAAGAUAUGUCUGUUGUCUUUGAUAAAUGUCAAGAGUUUGAAGAAAAAAGACUUAAUUUUUUCAAAGAUAUGUUGUUUGCAAUUCACGGCUGCCUUAAUAUAUCAACAGUUCCCGAAUUACCUCAAAUUUAUGACGAAUAUCGACAUACUAUUCAAAACGCUGAUUCAAAUAAAGACCUCAAGUGGUGGUCAAAUAAUUUUGGUGUUGGUAUGGCUAUGAAUUGGCCACAGUUUGAGGAGUAUUGUGAAGAGUUUCGAGACAUUAUCGGAAAGACUAAAAAAAGCGUAACUGUUCCCGAAAAUGGUAUACAACUUGUGAAUCAACAAAAAUUCAACGAAGAACUUCCUGAAUACACUCCAGAGCUUAACAGCAUUUCAAAGAAAGAUAAAAAACUAUAUUCUGAUGGUAUAAACACCAAUGAUAUCACACUAUUAGAUCACAGAAUGGAUAUUCACAAGAAUUGUGUUAAUAACGGACAUAAAAUGGAUAUAAAACCUAAUAAUAUAUCUAACAAUCAAUACAAAACAAACGGAAAACAAGAAGCAAAUCCUUUUGACGACGACCACGAAGACUGGGAUGACUAUUCCAACGAUGCACUCGUCGAUAAUGGAGAACCCGGUGUUGCUGUGCGUGCUUUAUAUGAUUAUAAUGGUGCCGAAGCCGAUGAACUAACUUUUAAACAGGGCGAUAUAUUUGAAAAAUUAGAGGAUGAGGACGAACAGGGAUGGUGUAAGGGUAGAAAAGACGGUCGGGUCGGUCUAUAUCCGGCUAAUUAUAUCGAACUCAUCUCUAACUAAUCAUAAUAUUAAACAUUUAUAAUUAAGAGAUUAUUUAAAUAAUUGAGACAUCAAAACUUGUUUCUAAUUUGAUGUUUAAAAAAUUAUACAGUCUUUUUAUGACUGACUUUUUAUGCCACAAAAUAACAAUUUUAUAUAUGAACUACAUUUGAGAUACAGUUUUGCCAUUUUUGAAACAUUUAUUAAUAAUCAUUGUAUAAAAACAUAAAUUUGUUACACAAAUAACUGAUACAAAUGAAAAAACUAUUCUUAUUUUAUGUUAUUAUUAAAUCACAAUAAGCGGUGGCUUUAGGUUGUG